AAAGCGCUCGUGCGAAGUUUCUGUAGUUGCGUUCUUCGACAUAUUUUGACGUUGUUAGCAAUAUGGUGCAGUCUCAGCAGUCUGAUCGUGAUUAUCGACAGUAGUUCACUUGCACGCAAUUGUGUUGGUAUCAGUUUAUCCACGUUAGUCGAUAAAAGCAGUGAUUCUUUUUAAAAAUUCCAUUGAUUUAAUUGUUGGUGUUGUUACAAAAUUUGGGUUUUGAGUUGUGCGUUUUGGCGACAUAUCUAAUGUUGCAGAGAUGUAUGCGACAAUGGAAUCUAAUAAUCGUAAGCAAGUCAAUAGUAAAUAUCAAGCUAGGCCGUAUUGCCCAUGCUGGUCCAAAAGGUCUGGCCCAGUACCUUGGAAGAACCUAAACCUUUGCACAUGUGGCGAAGAACAGAACUUAAAAGAAUGGAGUUGGGAGAGGCCUCCGUACGUCGGUUCCAGCUGGCUCGUCCUCACGAAUGACCUCAAGCAGGUCACUUUUCAUCCAUUCUAUAGUUCGGGUACUGCAGUGGUCCGGGGAAACUGCCCAAUGAUUCAUAACUACCAUUAUUAUUGGGAAAUUAAAAUGUUAACUGAUACAUAUGGUACUGAUAUUCUCAUAGGUGUCGGCUCGAACAAAGUGAACAUAAGCGAUCCUCAGUUCACGUUCACGUCUCUAAUAGGACAGGACGAGGAAUCGUACGGACUCUCCUACACUGGCGCCGUGCGUCACAACUCUAAAGUCACCAGAGACUCGGUCGGCUUCUGUCGCGGCACCAUCAUCGGAGUCCGGGUCGACUUGUGGAACGGAACGUUGGAGUUUUACGUCAACCGUGAGCCGCAAGGUAUAGCGUUCUACAAUCUCCGUCGUCACCAAGUCCUGUUCCCGAUGAUCAGCUCGACCGCGGCCCAGUCGAGCAUGAAGCUGAUCUACGCAGCGUCGUGGCAGGCCUCGCUGCUCGUCGACUCGGCCAAGAUCCUGGCCGCCUCCGUCAAGAACAGGAGCCUGAUGCGCCCGAAACUGCCGCCUGGUCUCUGGCAGACCCUGAGGAGACAAUUCUGGCUGACCCUGCCUACUGAAGGUUGUUUCGUUGAUGACACCGAUGUUGAUAUAGAACUGGAAGCAGCAAAGGCGAUGCCCCUAUCAUCCGGCAUGAAGAGAAAGCACUGGCUGAAGCCGAGCUCAACCUGCCUGUUCCUUCAGAAGAACACAGACAGCAGAUGAUGUGCCUAGGUUUCGGGGCAGGCUUGUUGAGACUGAUACGAAUUAAUCGCAUUUAUUUAACAAUCACAAACAAGAACGCGCUGUGCCAUGUAUAUAUUUCACAUGUAACUGAUUAAAAUGUCAAGAAAUACUCAACUACCCUCGCUCUUUUUUUUUUAAAUUUUAUUAAGUUUACCAAAUUUUUUGUUACGGUUAAAUCCGAACGAGUAUUGAAUUAAAUAAAUAAAUAAAUAUUUACUAACAAUCACGCCACGUUAACUGGUCCCGUGAUAAGUUCGUAAAGAACUUCUGUUACAGGUACCAGAUAACGGAAAUAAAUAUAAGAUUUUUAUUAUACACAUACAUAUAUUUAAUAUACAUCCAUAACCCUGGAAAAGACAUUUAUAUUUAUCAUACAAAAAUCUUCCCUUGGCGGGAUUCGAACCCGCAACCCCCUUGUGUAGUGACCAUGUCACUUACCAUUACACCAGACGGCCGUUAAAUUACUUUAAUAUUCAUUAUCAGACCUCCUCAUGUGGUCUGGCUGUGAUCAAAGCUAGUCUGCUAUCAGCUGAUUAAUUAGAAGUGAGUUUUUCGUUUAUUUCCAAAUUACUUUUUCAGGUUUACAAUCAAAUAUUUUAAUUUACUACUUUCAUUCAUAAUGUUAAUAAAAAUAUGAUUUUAAUGAAAGUUUUCUCUGAAAAGAAUAUAGAAUUAAUAGGUUAUAACAGUCAAAUAUGUAUUCUGAUAUUUUUAUAUAAAUUCAACAUUAACAAUUUGCUUAUUGAUGUAGUUUUAAGGAUUAUAUUGCCGUAAGGGGAAUAGUGGACUUACUGCUUUUGUAGGCAGAAAACAAUAUUCAUCAGCUAAGUAUUUCUUAUAGUAUCAUUUCCUUAAGCCCACAACCUUUAAAAAAAUUCGGAAGUUAACAAGAUACGGGUCAAUGAACGCGGGGUUCAAUGUAACUCAUUUAACUGCGUUAUCGAGGGAGUUAAGUGUACCUAUUUUUGUCUGUAGAUUACAUUUUAUUCUGAUAUUAAUGCAUAUUGUAUAUUGUCUUAAGCUUUGCUUAGUACCUACAUAUUCCUCUUAUUCGACUUCAGGAAUGAAUGUUACACCUUCAACACAGUAGUCUUGUCAUGUAAAUGUAUCAGUGUGCCUACCUAAAAUCACUAGUAUUUUUAUUGUGCCUAAAUAGUGCACUAAUAGUAUUGUCGUAAUGUAACAUAAAAAUGGUAUUAAUUUUGUUACGAGACGAUCAGCAUGUGUUAUGUUUUAAAUUUGGAGGGUAGAAAUAUGGAGCACCGUCUUGUUUAAAGCACAAUUUGAAGAACUGUUUCCAUCUGUUUAGUUAAUUUCCACACGUAGUACCAUAGAUCACAAAUUAAUUUAAAAAAAAACUGUAUAUAUUAUCUGUGAUGCAGUUAUAUAUUGUAUCUAUGCAACUACUCAACUUGACAUUCUACAUGCAAAGGUCUCAAGAUUAUUUAUUUAUAACUACUCAACUUGACAUUCUACAUGCAAAGGUCUCAAGAUAUUUAAAUUAUUUCUAUGUAAACGUAAGCCCAAAUGUCAUUAACUUCAACAAACGUAGGUAAUAGAAUUCGGAUCGACUGUUCUAUUCGGAAACGACAUGGGCCACUCUCCAUACAUUGCUCGGCCCACUAAACGAAGUUCAAGGACAGUAAUGAAAUUAAGUUUAAAUAACAGACUAUAUAUCCCUUUUAUUAUAAAGAAAUUAAAAUCAAUAUUGUUCAUGGGGAUACAGAGAUAUUUAAAAAAUAAGAUAAGUUUUUUAGGUUACCUAUAUCAUAUGAUUUGCUGUCAAUACACUUACACUUUAACAUGAUCACAUUCCCGCCAAUAUUUUUUUUUCGUCGUUUGUUGCAAUUGUGCUUAAUUUUUCACCUCUCAUUCGGAGCUACAGUUUUGACAAUGCAGGAAAAUUUUGGCAGCCAUUUUAAUUUCGUUCAAUUGCACGAGUACCAAAAAUUAUUCUAUCAACAGUUUUAAUUUCAACUGUAUUAUUAAUGUAUAACAUACCUAAUGUUUAGAUAUUAAGAUUAUAAUAACCCUUUGACGUGUGUUUUAUGGGAAAUUAAAGAAAGACUGAUAAAAAUAAAA